AUGAGCGCCCUUCGUCUCUCUCGCGCAGCUCUGCGUGUCGGCUCCGCUGCCGCAUUCAAGCCCGUUCAACGCAGAGGCUACGCCGAUGCCGUCUCCGACAAAAUAAAGCUUUCGCUGUCUCUGCCUCAUCAGGCUAUCUACAAAUCUACCGAUGUUGUCCAAGUCAACAUCGCCGCCGAGACCGGGGAAAUGGGUAUCCUCGCACAACACGUCCCUUCGAUCGAGCAACUGAAACCCGGUCUGGUCGAGGUCAUUGAAGAAAGUGGUGGCAGCAAACAAUUUUUCCUAUCCGGAGGCUUUGCCGUCGUUCAACCCAACUCGGUCCUGAGCAUAAACGCAGUCGAGGGAUAUCCCCUUGAGGAAUUCAGCUCCGAAGCCGUCAACUCACAAAUAUCCGAGGCACAGAAGAUUGCCAGUGGCAAUGGGAGUGAACAGGACAUCGCCGAGGCGAAGAUUGAGCUUGAGAUUCUCGAGUCGCUCCAAGCUGCACUGAACCCCCAGGCUGGCACCGUUGCUGAUAGAAUUCGAGCCUUUCAAGGCGGACCUCCUUUCACUUCACCCCGAAAGCAAAACCAAUCGAGAGCCGAUCAGAAUGUGCAAAGUCCACGGAAGUCAUUCUCUCGUCCCCGGCCUUCGGUCCAAGUGGAAAAAGAUGAAGUUGGUCAGAAGACUACAGCAAAAAAUGCACCUGCAAGUCGAAGGACGAGCCGCCGGCGUCAAUCCAUGGAGAUCCUGGCUGGCGAGCCUUCAAGAUUUGCAGAUGCCAGAUCACGCCUUCGCUCUGUGAUUGAUGACCAUGAGGAGAAACCCAACUCACAACGUUCACGAGCUUACACACUGGCGGAACUUAAUCACAUGCUCGAUGAUGCAAUUGGUGGUAAUGUGGACCUCGAUGGAAGACUCUCGAGUUCAAUGACAGAGGAAGCAACACCAAAGGCGAACGUGUAUCAAGACCAACCAGCUCUCUCUGAUUCUCAGCGCCAGUCCCAUUCGCAAGAGCGAAACAUUCGUUCUAGUCUCGAUUCUGCCCAUCCUCGCAGCAGCGGCUCAUCUGAGCAUGGUGCUUAUGAUGAUGAGAAGAAUGCUCUUUACUGGCCACACCUUAUCACCAGAAAUGUUCCGAAACGUCCACAUACUAGCCAUUCCACACGACACGCAAGCACGGCAAGGGUACCUACUCAGGUGGUUGUCGUACCACCUCAAGCAAACCCUGUCCCAGUAAAGUCGCAAUUUAGUCCUGUGCGUCAGAGAGCUGCCAUGUUCGAGAGUCUGGGUCCAGUGACGGUUGUUCAUGGUGAGGACUGUGGGCCUUCUCAGCACCCUCAUAUCAACUCCACCCGCUCCAAGCAGGAGUUCAAGCCCCCCCUCACGAAGGUACACAAGAUUAAACUUGGCAACGUCAUUGAUGAAAGACCGGGAACACCUCUUAUACCACUAACAUUGCCACAAAUGGUCAGUCCCCGCGAAUUGCCGACUUCCUCAACUCCACAGACGGAUAACGUUGAGGUAAAGCCGGCUGAAUCAAAUACUGGUACGGUCACGCAGGACCGCCAACGGAAGCCGUCAAUGGGUUGGCCAUUCCGAUGGGGCAUCUUUAACAAAAACGCUUCCACGCAACAUGAAGCCCAAGGAGAUGCACCAACAGAUGCCCAGUCAACAGCCAAAGUGCAACCUGAAACUGAAUCGAAAAUUGUCAAGAGCAGAGUGCAAGACUUACUCUUGGCUGCAAAGGAAAGAGACGAGGAAGAGAAGAAACGAUGGAACUUGGAAAAGGACCGUAUGAGUCGAAGGCACAGCAGAUUUCCCACCAUGGUUGUCAAGGACCCUACUGCUCCCGAGCAACACGUUGAGCCUCAGAGCACUAUCACAUCUCAACCAUCACCUCAGCCACCAUCAGAGUCAGCACCUCCGGCGAAGCCUAGCCAGACACUAUUCGCAGCUGAGAGUGAAGUCUUUGAACAAAAGACACCCCUUGAACGUGCCAUGACAGAGAAACAGGUUCUAUCGCCAAUGAGUCUACCUCAAGCUAUGACGGAAUCAGAGACCAGCCCCAGAAAGUCUACACCUCAAACCCCAAUCAGAGGAAGAUCCAGGAGACCAACGCACCGAAUUUCUUUAAACGGCCAAGAGCAUCCCAUGGAGUCGCAAGUCAGUCUUAGCUCUCGACGUAGUCGAAGCGUGUCUCGGACUGGGGCAGGCGGUGGCGUCAGGGUGGAGGUGGAAGUGCGAGACAGUCCGGAACGAGAGGCAAGAGAAAGAGGUGAAAAGAUUGUCAUUAUCCGAGCGAACGUUGAGGAUCUGGUCCGUGAAGAGUGA